AUGGGAUCAAAUUGCAGUUGUGCCGGACGGGAAAUAAAAGAAAAAUUAUCUAAAGAGGAGCAGAUUCUUCAAUGCACCGAGCUUUUAUUAGGAUUGUCAGAAGUUAAUGCAUUUCACUAUGACAAAGACAUUGCGAGAUAUGCUCUUAAUAGGCAUCUUGAUGAUAGAUUACUAAGAAGAGCCUAUGAGUCAAUGGGCCUUGACACCAAGUUUUUAGAGGAUAAAGAGUCACUAAUAUAUAAGUUCUACGAUUCUCUAGUAACAAACAGACUAGAUGGGUAUGAUAUAAAAACCCUUGCUUGUUUAGGAAUAUUAUUAGGAAAAGGAGAAAUUUAUAAAAAAGCAGAAUUGUUAUUCAAAAAUUAUGAUAGGGACUGCUCUAAUGAACUAGACGUGAAUGAAGGCUUUGUGAUGUUUAAUGAUAUGAUGCAAAUUACUUUUGGACUUAUAGAACUGGCAAAAUUUAAAUAUCCCAAAAAACAAAAUAUGCUUACGAAUUAUGCUAGGAAGUUAAAAGAAAGCAGAAAAAAUUCUUGGACAUAUAUACAAAUGCUGCUAUUCCAAGGAGGAUUAGUUGAAAAAUUGUCAAUAAAAGAAUUUAUAGGAGCUUUUGAAGACCAAACCGUCAAGCAAUUAUGCUCCGCUGCUGGGUUAAGAAGAAUAUUGCUUGAGAUUGAGGGUAUAGCAACGAAAAAUAAUAAGGAUAUAUAG